AUGAGACAUAUUAAUAUCAACCAGAUCAAAGGUAUUAAAGGUCUUAAUGGCCUCAAAAACAUCAAAAACAUCAAAAACAUCAAAAACAUCAAAAACAUCAAAAACAUUAAAAAUAUCAAAGGUUUAAAGGGUAUCAAAAACAUCAGGGGAAUCAAAGGAAUUAAAAACAUGAACCCAAUCAACUUGAGAUUUUCGUACAACUUUCCUCGUUCAAUGUCAACUUUCUCAAACCCCAAACUUGGGCCAAACAAAACUGGUUAUAAUUCAAAAUUGUUCUCAAUUAACCCAAAUAAAUACUUUUAUUCAUUUCCUAGAAUUCCAAGAUCAAAGAGAAAAUUAUCUUAUUACUAUUCAAAUGGUCUUGGUAAUCUUAAAUCCUUUAAAAACUUAAGAAAUUUGAAAAGACCAAGACUAUCUUCGUUAAAAUCUGUUAAGAAAAACUUCAAAUACAUUGGUAUCAAUAAAAACAAUUAUAACAGAUUCUUUUCGUCAACUUCUUAUUAUGCCAAAGAUGGCUUCAAUAGAGAUCAUUUCAUAAAAUGGUGGACUUUUACCUCAAUCACUCUUAUCAUUCUUGGUGUAAUGGCAAGAUAUCACUAUAGGUCUAGCGAAAAAAAGGAGCAAGAAAAAGAUGGUUUAUCUCAUGAAGAUGACCAAUCCCACGUUAAACCAUCUAAUUCCUGGACAUUUUUCUGCUAUAAAACUUUGCCAUUAAAUGGAAUCUCAAGAUUGUGGGGAAAAUUUAAUAGCAUCGAUUUACCUAUAUGGAUGAGAGAGUCUUCUUAUAAAUUUUAUAGCUAUCUUUUUGAUGUUAAUUUGGAUGAAAUUAAAGAAACGGAUUUGAAAAAUUUUAAAAAUUUGUCUGAAUUCUUUUAUAGAGAAUUAAAGCCUGAUGCGCGACAAAUUGAUCAGCUUGUUGAUAUAGUUAGUCCCUGUGAUGGUAAAGUCUUAAAUUUUGGAAUUAUUUCUAAUGAUGGCCAAAUUGAACAAGUCAAGGGAAUGACUUAUUCUUUGAAAUCCUUAUUAGGAAGCGAUAAUGAUACAAGACUAGCUGCUCCCUCUCACGAAAUCGAAUAUGACCCAGAUGCUCAUGUUAUUCAAAGACAUGAAGAGUUUACUGAAUUAAACGGAAUUUCCUACACAAUGGAUGAUUUGAUAGGUGGAGAAGGUCUGAAUGUUUAUCACUUGGUUGAAGGUGAAACAGAUUAUGAAAGUGAAGGUGAUGCAACGUUAAUGAAGCCAACUAAAUCUGCUCUAAAUAUUGCGAAUAAGCUAACAAAAGAAUCAGAAAAGAAUAUUCAAAAAUCAACCAAUAACCUAUUUUUUGCUGUAAUAUAUCUUGCUCCUGGGGAUUACCAUAGAUUCCAUUCCCCUGUUAACUGGGUGGUUAAAUUGAGACGUCAUUUUAUUGGUGAAUUAUAUUCUGUUGCCCCUUAUUUUCAAAAAACUUUGCAAAACUUAUUUGUUUUAAAUGAAAGAGUCAGUAUGUUGGGUUAUUGGAAAUACGGCUUUUUUAGUAUGACUCCUGUUGGUGCAACAAAUGUUGGCAGUAUUAAAAUCAACUUUGACAAAGAUCUAACCACAAAUGAAAAAUAUGAAAACCAAGUUUACUCAAGCAUUAGCAACUUGGACUCUACUGACGAUUUGCUCUAUUUUUCAACUGGCUCUUCGGAUUCUUCUGCCUCUUCGACUGCAUCUACUUCUUCGAAAAAUUCAAGGAAAACUAGAGUUCGUAAAAAUACUUGUUACGAAGCAACCUAUGCUAAAGCAAGUUCAAUAUUUCAUGGCUAUCCAAUCAAAAAAGGUGCUGAAAUGGGUGGCUUCAAACUUGGAAGUACUAUUGUUCUAGUAUUCGAAGCACCAAACACCUUCAAGUUUAAUCUUGAAGUUGAACAAAAAUUAAAGGUUGGGCAGGCAUUAGGUGGAAUUGAUGUUCAUACCGUUGAUUAA